UUGGCAUUUGGUACAGCAGAAGCGAAAAGAAGCUAUUUUCUUUCUUCGUUUUUAUUAUUUUAUUCGCGUAGAACUAUUUACUUCUAUGUAUCAUUGAUUAAGUUUAAUCCUAUUAUAGUUUCUUAUUCUAAUAUAAAAUAGUGUAAUUCAGUGAUAAAAAUGCCUUAAACUGGAUAAAAUGCUUCUCGGUGACAUCGAGCUAACCAAACGCUUGUUAGUGAUUGCUGUCGUUCUCGGCAUUAUUUUGGUUUUGAAGGAAUACGUAUUUGUUUAUCCACUAUGACUCAACAUAAAGUUGCUUAUUUCUAUAACGCGGAUGUGGGGAACUUCCACUACGGACCGGGGCACCCUAUGAAACCACAUCGGUUAUCGGUGACUCAUAGUUUGGUACUGAAUUAUGGCUUGCAUAAAAAGAUGCAAAUAUACAAACCGUACAGAGCGAGUGCCCAUGACAUGUGCCGCUUUCACAGCGAAGAUUAUAUUGAGUUUCUGCAAAAUGUGACCCCACAAAACAUUCAAAGUUAUUCUAAAGACCUACUGCACUACAAUGUGGGUGAUGACUGCCCUGUGUUUGAAGGGCUAUUUGAUUUCUGCUCAAUGUAUACUGGAGCUUCACUAGAGGGUGCCAUGAAGCUCAAUAAUAAUGCCUGUGAUAUUGCCAUCAAUUGGUCUGGAGGUCUCCAUCAUGCUAAGAAGUUUGAGCCUUCUGGAUUCUGCUACGUCAACGAUAUAGUAAUAGCAAUUCUAGAGUUACUGAAAUAUCAUCCAAGGGUGUUGUACAUAGAUAUUGAUGUGCACCAUGGAGAUGGUGUUCAAGAAGCCUUCUACCUGACCGACAGAGUCAUGACAGUCAGUUUCCAUAAAUACGGGAACUACUUCUUCCCUGGAACCGGAGAUAUGUAUGAAAUUGGAGCUGAAAGUGGAAGGUACUAUUCUGUCAAUGUGCCAUUGAAGGAAGGGAUUGAUGACCAGAGCUAUGUUCAGGUGUUCAAACCAGUAAUAUCCAAUGUAAUGGAGUUCUACCGUCCAACUGCAAUAGUGCUACAAUGCGGGGCCGAUUCUCUGGCGGGUGACAGGCUCGGAUGCUUCUCGCUGUCCACUCGGGGGCACGGGGAGUGCGUCAAGUUCGUAAAGAACUUAAAUGUACCCACCUUAGUAGUGGGAGGAGGAGGUUACACACUAAGGAAUGUAGCGCGGUGUUGGACCUACGAAACCUCACUUCUAGUCGAUGAGAAUAUAUCAAAUGAACUGCCUUACACGGAAUAUUUGGAAUUCUUCGCGCCUGACUUCCAACUGCAUCCAGAAAUCAAUAGCACAAAUAAUGCAAACAGCAAGCAGUACUUAGAAGCGAUCUCAAAACACGUGUAUGACAAUCUCAAGAUGUGCCAGCAUUCGCCCGCUGUUCAAAUGACACAUGUACCAGGUGACUUCUUCCCUGAAGAGUAUAGAAUAAAAGAUGAACCUGACCCAGAUGUGAGGAUCAGUCAAGAGGAGGCUGACAAAAUGGUUGACGCCAAGAACGAGUUUUAUGAGGACGAGAAAGACAAUGAUAAGGAACCAGUGGUCGAGAACAAGGAUCCAUAGCAUACAAAUGGCCUGACUGACCCGCUGGCCAUAUGACAAGAAAAGGGUUACAGAAGAUACAGAAAAAAGUUUCUGUGAGUGAAUUGAAGAGAGUGAAUGAAUGACAAAGUGAUUUAGUUCAAUUACGUUGACAGUUUGUGACUGUUCUUAUUUAAGUUUUUUGCUGUCUAUGGUGAGUUUUUAACCCUUCCCUUGUAGUUAAUUAUUUUGGUCAUUCUGACGAUUAUAUCUUAGGCAAAUGAAAUUACUUAAUUUCUAUUUAACAGAUACCUACAUUGACAGUAAUUUUGAGCAACAAUGGUUAGGCAUAAACUAUAAGAGAAGGGUUGAUGAUUUUGUUUUGAGUCCAGAUUAAUUUUGAGUAGUUCUAUUUUUAUUUCGAACAGUUUAGAUAGAUAUUUGACACGAGUACAGCUAUAAUAUAACUUGAAACAACUUAAAUCUACGUAAAAAGUAAUAUAAUCAGUUUCAUUCAGAAAACUAGCUAAAAUCAAGUUGACACCUUGAAUUGAAAUCAAUUAGUUACAAUCAUGAAGUAGUUAGGAUAUAUCAUUAAAAAUGUUUAUGCAAUUAAGUGGUGAAUAUCAAAAUUAGGCUAGUGCAGUCAAUAACGCAACUUUAGUAACUUGAAUCAUAAUAUUCUUGGCAAUUUAUGCCCCUAGUUCUAAAGCGAUUUCAAAGCAACUAACUGAGCAAGAGAUCUCGAUGAUACUUCAAAACUUUUAUUUUUUUUAAUAUACUGGACAUUCUUUCUUUAAUAGUAACUAUCGUGAGACUUACUUCUAAAAGGCUUGUUAAUGCUAAAAUAUACUAAUCUCCUGUUAAAUUUCUUGUCAAGUCAUCUGAUUGGUUGUUGAUAAUGCAUUCAACCA